AUGUCUUCGUCUGACGAGGAGGAACAGAUUACAGAAGAGGAAUUAACAUCCUCCGAUGAAGAAGAACCAACAGACAGAUCAUUUGGCGAAAACUAUGCUGCUUUAUUGAAUGAAGUUAUUCCAGAUGGAAAAUGUCCAAUUUUAUUUUUAUCAAAAAUCCCAGCAAAAAUUGCAUCAGAGAGAGAAAAACAACUUAAAGCUACUAGAGAAGCAGAAAGAUAUCAACAAGGUCGUAAAGCAAUGCUUGAUCAAUUCCAUACUGGUUAUGAAUCAUAUAAUGACGACGAUGAAUAUAAACUUCGUAAGAAAGCUACAAAAGGCGUUAUAGAAUUAUUCAAAUCUGUUCAUCAGGCGCAAAAUAAGAAGCCUAUUACAGAUACUCCUCCUGAAAAGGAUGAUACACCAAAUGAUGCUGAUGAAUACCUUAAUAUAUUAAGUAUGGCAGCUGCUAAACCUGCCGCUAAAUAG